AUGGCAGCGCGCAUACCGCUGUCUGUAAAGAUGUCACCCUCAGCCUCAGCGGGCUUCAGGGUCCUUUUAGCUGAACAAUAUUAUUCAGGAAAGCUGCUAAAAUCUUUUAAAGAGCUCUACAGACGAGGUUACUCGGUGAAAGCCCGGCAGGUGGAGGAGGACAGCGGUGUGAGCGCCGCCGGGUUCAGCGGGCCUCUGGACCACUACAACGGGCUGAUCAGAGACGGGACCCUGCGGGAGGACGAGCACCAGAAGGCGGUGCUGCAGACACUGGACCAGCUGCACAAAACCCUGAGAGGAUACAGCAACACACCCACAUCCAUCUUCUCCAAGUUUUUUACAAAACCUAAGCCUCCAAAAGGCUACUACAUCUUCGGCGACGUUGGCACAGGAAAAACUAUGGUGAUGGACAUGUUUUAUUCAUACGUGGAGACGGAAAAGAAGAAGAGGGUUCAUUUCCAUGGUUUUAUGCUGGACGUGCAUAAAAGGAUCCAUCGGCUGAAGCAGAGCAUGCCGAAGAGGAAAGCAGGCAAAAUGGCCAAGUCGUACGACCCCAUCGCUCCGGUUGCUGAGGAGAUCAGUGAGGAGGCUUGUCUGCUGUGCUUUGAUGAGUUUCAGGUCACUGAUAUCGCCGACGCCAUGAUUCUCAAGCAGCUUUUUGAGAAUCUGUUUCAGAACGGAGUUGUAGUUGUAGCCACUUCUAAUCGUCCCCCUGAAGAUUUGUAUAAAAACGGGCUGCAGAGAGUCAACUUUGUGCCUUUUAUUGCGGUGCUGCAGAAAUACUGCCAAACUCUUCGCCUGGAUUCGGGGAUCGACUACCGCAAACAGAACAGACCCUCAGCUGGAAAACUCUACUUCCUCUCCAGCGAGCCUGACGUAGAAGCGACUCUGGAUAAGAUGUUUGAUGAGCUGGCUUUCAAACAGAAUGACAUAACACGACCAAGAGUUCUGAAUGUUAACAACAGGAAGGUGCGUCUGAACAAAGCGUGUGGGACCAUCGCAGACUGUACGUUUGAGGAGCUGUGUGACAGACCUUUAGGAGCCAGCGACUACCUGGAGAUGUCUCGGCUCUUUGACACCAUCUUCAUUCGACACAUUCCUCUGCUGACGCUGAACAAGAAAACUCAGGCGCGGCGCCUCAUAACACUCGUGGAUGCUCUCUACGACCACAAGGUUCGGGUGGUGAUUCUUGCAGAUCACCCGCUGGAGGACAUUUUCGUACACGACGGGGAUCACGGUCACGAUGAGAGCCACGUUCUGAUGGACGAUCUGGGCCUGAAAAGGGAAGAGGCCAGCAGUCUGUCCAUCUUCAGCGGAGAGGAGGAAAAAUUUGCCUUCCAGAGGACAGUUUCUCGACUCACAGAGAUGCAAACAGAAGAGUAUUGGUUGGAGGGCGACAGAAGCACAAAAUCGCAGGUGUAACAUUUGUUAAACAGCCUCCGUCCUCCAUAAACUGCACUCCUCUCUGCCAAAAACAGCCCAGACUGAACACUACUCCUACUCACCUUAUCCAGCACGAACCCAGCGGGGCUGCUCCACAGAGCCUCGUGUGCAAACGUUGUACAGAGAAUAUUUAUUGCUGUCUUGGGUGCUUUUAUCAUUUUAAUGCACUUUAUGGAUCAAUCUUAAGCUGGACUUUGGGGUGUCAUGUUUGCUUUUGUGUCAUAUUGAGGUCCAACUUUUAUUUUAUUUUAUUUUUUUUAAUCUGGGGGAAAUCAACUGGACGACUUUUGGAAAACCAGAAGGACUUUUAUGAAGAUUUAAGGGACGUUUUAAUCUGAUCUCUUUUGAGAUACGCAGCGGUUUUAAAAAAAUAUAUUGUAUUUGUAAAUGAAGUGAACACAAUUAUAAAUACAGUGGCAGCAGAUGAGAGUUUAUUUGAGCUGUAACAUCUGACUACAUUCAUCGCUUUUUAUCAUUUAACUGAUAAAAAGCAACCAUAAAACACAUUUAUUACGUUUUCCUGUGAGAUACUUUUGUGUAUUUGUCUCUGCAAAUGAAACAUUUCAGGUGUCAGUGUUGGUUGAUGUUUAGCUUGAUGCAUAUUUACAUGAACCUUGUCUUUAUUUAAACACACUAAUGCACGCAGGCUUACGAAAACAAAGACCGCACUGUGUGGGAAGUGAAAGUGAGAAAAAAAAAAAAAAAACUUUCAGAGUUUACCCCCUGUACAAACAAACGUGUUACAGGUACAAACAGACAGUUGGUGGUGUUUCAUUUUGUGGAGUCUGUGGUUGUGUUUUUUUUUUUUUUUUUCUCUUUCUUGCAAAAAAAACAACUAAAUCUCAAGUCAAAGCUGUUUCAGAUCAGUGGAGAUGAUUUACUUCAGCCGAGAGUUGCAUCAGAUAAGAUCAUGUUCUUUAACUGGCAAAAUCAACAGUCAGUGAGGUUAACGAAACAAUAUUCCUGUUUAGGUUUAAUGCACACAUGGAAACAAAAAAUAAAUAAAUCACAAGUGGCUUGUAAAACGAGUCGCUACAGAUAUUCAGUUUGGUUGCACUGAGUCACUUUUAUGAGUUUAUACCAGAAAUUGAAAACCUUUAAAAUCAGUACAAUCUACAUUUAGACAUUUCCUGUGAUAUAAUUCAUAUUUUAACUCAUUGGCACACUUCUGGUUUGGCAAUCUGGAUGAAAUGAACAGUUUUGUGAUGUUGAUGUGCGUCAUAUCAAUCAUAAAACAAAAGAGUUAAACUGUGUGCAGUGCAAUAAUCCACCAUCAUGUCUUAUGUCACACUCAUUGUGUUAGUUUUCAUUCUCAGCUCAUUUGAAACGAGAUUGUUUUGAAAUGAUCAUAUGACAUGAUUUCAUCUAAAUGAAAGUCAAUAUGUGUGAUAUUUAAAUCACGUCUUAGCGGGUUGCUAACAUUUUAAAAAGUAUCAGUGCUUCUGCUUUCACAUAAAAGUUUUGAAUACAUUUCCUACAA